GUCGCAAGUGCGCGAAGCGCAUUCUGGGGCCGAGAUUUUCUUCCGCCUUUCCUCUCGGAGGGCUUUGGUGGAGGCCGCCUCGACUUUUUUUACUGUUGCGCGACGUCACGCUAUCAGUGUCUCCUUUUGCUCUUAGGCAGCUGUAUAAAAAAGGACUCUUUCCUUUUCGUUCGGGUUUGUCAAGGCUGUGUCCGUUGACUGGUAGCUGCCACCAUGCCGAAGAACAAAGGAAAGGGAGGUAAAAACAGACGACGAGGUAAGAAUGAGAAUGAAUCUGAAAAAAGAGAAUUGGUUUUUAAAGAGGAUGGACAAGAAUAUGCCCAAGUUAUCAAGAUGUUGGGAAAUGGCAGACUGGAGGCAUUAUGUUUCGAUGGUGUAAAAAGGCUUUGUCAUAUCAGAGGAAAGUUAAGAAAAAAGGUUUGGAUAAAUACAUCUGAUAUCAUAUUGGUGGGUUUAAGAGACUACCAGGAUAACAAGGCAGAUGUCAUUCUAAAAUACAAUGCAGAUGAAGCCAGAAGCCUGAAGGCAUAUGGAGAACUUCCAGAGCACGCCAAAAUUAAUGAAACUGAUACUUUUGGGCCUGGUGAUGAUGAUGAAAUCCAAUUUGAUGAUAUUGGAGAUGAUGAUGAAGAUAUUGAUGAUAUCUAAACGGAAGUGAGAGGAAUACAUCCCAACUUUCCACCUCAAUUAUUUUGUUUUCAAAUCCUUAUGCCUAAGACGACUGAAACUGCACAUUUGUAGUUACAGCACAUCAAUAUGUACCCAAUGUUUAACUAUUUAUAUUGCUUUAAAAACAGAAGUUGGACUCAAAAAUUAAAUGAAAUAAUAUGGCAAUUUUUAUCUCUAUAAUACUCUUACAUCUGUAUGUAAAUACACAUACUAUAAACUCUCAUACUGGUUUAUGUUUUCAAUAAAUAUCAUUAAGACAUAUUUUUGAAAUAAAAAAUAUUGCCCUAUAAUUAUCAAGAAUUUUGAUUAAAUACUAAUUCAGGUUAGUAUUCAUUUGGCAGGUGUACUGUAUUUUCCUGGUAUCCCUUGACAACGAAGAAUAAUUCAUUAACAAAUGUUAAUACCUGAAUCUGCUUUAUAAGCUUUAGUUGCAUGUUAUUUUUAUACAGGAUUUAAUCAUUGUUUCCUUUUCACAGAUAUUUUCAGAAUGGAGAAAAAAUAAAUUUCCAAAAAUUGUGUAUGUUUGAAUAGCUAUUCUAUAUUGGUACUGAUAAUUUAAAUUAAUUUCUGAGUGGCUCAGUGGCUAAGACGCUGACCUUGUCAAUUGAAAGGUAGGCAGUUCAGCAGUUCAAAUCCCUAGUGCCACAUAAUGGGGUGAGCUCCCGUUUCUUGUCCCAGUUUCUGCCAACCUAGCAGUUUGAAAGCAUGUAAAAAAUGCAAGUAGAAAAAUAGGGACCACCUUUGGUGGGAAGGUAACAGCGUUCCAUGCGCCUUUGUCAUUUAGUCAUGCCGGCCACAUGACCACGGAGAAGUCUUCGGACAGUACUGGCUCUUCAUCUUUGAAAUGGAGAUGAGCACCACCCCCUAGAGUCGGGAACAUAUGUGCCAGGGGAACCAUUACCUUUUACAGUGUUUCCAUGGGUUCCUUAGGGGGAGUUUGGCUUAGCAGAUUCACCCUUUCUUUCCUGAAAAUUGCUGUAGAGAUUUGGGAGUGAUGUGCUCAGAUGGCAGGAGGGGAAAAAAGCCGGUAUCUACCAUAAUAACAAGAAUUGAUGCUAUUUGUGGAAGGGCAAGCUUAGAUUCAAUUCAGUUAAAUAUUUUUGCAUCACAAUAAGUUCUUUAGAAAGAUUUUGUUUUAGUUUUAGAUUGAGCGUAUUAUGAGGUACAAUUUGAUAAGUAAUUUUGUAUGCUCUCUAUCAGAAUAUGUAAAUAUGACAUUCUGAAAACUUUAAUCUGAAUAUGAUCAAAGAGACAAAUGAAUUGUUUCAAGUUUGAGUAGAAGACCUAAACUUUCAGCAAAGAUUAAUAGUCAUAUUUAUACAUUCUGAAUUGUGUUUGGUUGUCCUUAGUAUUGUAUUGUGUAUUUUGUGUAUAUAAACUUAUUUUUUAACAGCAUCAUUUAUAUGUGGUUCAAUUCUGUUUGCUCUGACAGCAGGUCUUAAAAACUAAGAUAGACAUGGGAAUUUACCUUUGGAAUAGCAGUAAAAAGGUAUACACUUUACAGUUGUGUAUCUUAAAGGUAUGCUUAUCCAACUUAGGUAAGGUGGGAUAUUUACUUUAUCUUCACAGCAACAUGAGUGAUACAUGAGAGAAUAUGGUUUGUUAAGAUCUCCCAGUGAACUCUGCAAUCGACUUUGAAUAUUAGAUUACCAGUGUUUCUCAGAAUAUAUUUUUAAGACAUAAAUUGCAUAAUGUUAAUGUUCGUUAAUUUAAAGGUUUUCUGAAGCUGCUAAAUCUCUGACAAAUGAAUAUUAAACUUUCUCAGCAUGUAAGAUAAAUUUUGUUCAUGUAUUAAUAGUAUUCUUUCCCUUAGAUAUCAACUGUUUCCUUAAAAACAUACCAUGUAAUAAUAUAGUGUGCUGAUCAAUUGUAUUUGAAAAAUAUGUUCUUAAAGGUUGUUUAUGAUGGCUUAAUUAAACAGGCAUGUUACUCAGUUACAUUCAACAGAAUUGACUGAUACCAUUUA